GGCAGGGUGAUGCCAGCCUGAUCCAGAGCCAUGUCCAGAUACCUGAAGCACUUCACAGUGGUGGGGGACGACCCCGUGCAGUGGAGCAACGACUAUCAGAAGUGGGAGGAGGAGGAGGAAGCUGGGGAGAAUGGGGAGAAGCAGCCGGAUUCGGAGAUCAAGCUGGAGCCCACCAGGAGCCGUGUCUCCUUCCAGGACAUGAUGAAAAAGCUCUUCAGUUCCCACAGGUUUCAGAUCCUGGUUGUCUGCUUGGUCAUCCUGGAUGCCUUGCUGGUCCUCGGGGAAUUGCUCAUGGACUUGAAAAUCAUCCAUCCGGACAAAUAUAAUAUAACCCCAAAGGUUUUCCACUACCUCUCCCUUUCCAUUUUAACCAUCUUCCUGGUUGAGGUAGGGUUUAAAGUCUUUGUCUACCGCCGGGAGUUCUUCCACCACAAGUUUGAAGUGCUGGACGGGAUCGUCGUCAUUGUGUCCUUCAUCCUCGACGUUGUCCUCAUCUUCCGGGAGCACGAAUUUGAAGCUGUUGGGCUCCUGAUACUCCUGCGGCUGUGGCGCGUGGCCAGGAUUAUCAACGGAAUAAUUUUAUCGGUAAAGACCCGCUCUGAACAACAAGUGUCCAAGCUAAAGCAAGCAAACCUGAAACUUGCAACAAAGGUUGAACAACUGGAAAACAGCUGCGCAGAGAAGGAGCAAGAAAUCGAGAGGCUUAACAAGAUAUUAAAACAGCACGGACUCCUCAGCGAGCAAAAAUAGGAGGCCGGUCUUCUGAGGUGGAGAAGUCUGCCCCGGAGAACGCAGUGUCGAUAUCUACCGGUUCAACCUGAAAGGUUUUCCUGUCUCUUUGCUUUCUCUUGUAUAGUGUUGUCUAUAAACAUUUUCUAUUUGCCCACACUUUGAUUAGAUCUUGGGAUCGCAAA